AUGGAGGUGUGCGGUGCCAUUUACCUGUGCAUCAUCCGUGGAUCCGACACAUGGGUAGCACCGGCGGGAGGAGGGGGGUAUUAUUCCAUGCAGAAAAGACAAACAGGGCUCCUAGGUGUGGAUGUGGAACCGCUGCUGGUGCUGAUGCUGGGCUCCCGCUGCAGCUCGCUCAGACAAAGAUGCUUUCUCUCCUCCUCCACACGCAGAGCACAGCCAGUUCAAGCAGCAGCAGCAGCGCCUCCGUCUUUCCCCCGACACUUGAUGCUAUUAGUUUGGGUAGGUAGCUCAUACGGGUUGAGGGCGCGGUCAGCCGGUGUUGACCAAUCCUGCUUUCUCUCCAAACUAUCAGUUGCCAUGGAGGAAAGCACUGCGCGAGAAGGGAGCGCGGGUUGA